AUGGAGACUGAGAGCUGUUUGUCUUUCGCUUCUCCUCCGAACAGGACGACGCCAGAGCAGUCUCCAGGUCUGGAACAUAAUUCAGCCGCUUUCUUUCAGUGCGACGAGCUGCAGAAAUCGCCACACGCUCACGUCGCGCAGAGGCACGCUGGGCGCGCGGACUUCUUUACUGCGCGCUACGCUGCGAACGGCGCGCACGCGGACUUUACGCACAGCCUCGGUGCUUCCUCACCUAGAAAACACGGCAAGUACCUGGAAAUCACCGCGACGGACCAAGAACCGUUAUCCAUAACCGAGAAGAGCCCGUUUUACGACAGCAGUUCCAAUGUGGGGGAGAAGUCAUUGCCAAAGCCUUUGGCUUAUCCUGUUCUGGACUCUGAAUGCUGUGGCAAACUGAAAGAGUCUUCAGAUGGACUAAAUGAAGGAGACUCCAUCGCAGACUCAAUCAACUUGUCAGGCAAGAACAAGAAAAGAAGAAACCGCACAACAUUUAGUACCUUUCAGCUGGAAGAACUGGAGAAGGUCUUUCAGAAGACACACUACCCAGACGUGUAUGCACGGGAGCAGUUGGCCCUGAGGACUGAGCUCACUGAAGCACGAGUGCAGGUGUGGUUCCAAAACAGAAGGGCUAAAUGGAGGAAGCGGGAGCGAUAUGGCAAAAUGCAGGAAGUGAGAAAUCAUUUUGCUGCUACAUAUGAUAUCUCCCUGCUCCCUCGCUCCAAUACCUACCAGAUGCAGGGUAACCUGUGGCCUGGAGGAGGAUGUGCAGGAGGGGCCAGUGGGGGCUGUGUUCUGGGCACAGACAGCAUGCCUUCUUCCUGCAUGGCUCCUUACCCUCAUCCCCAUGCACACCCCCAUGCUCAUGGGCUUAUGGGAAUGUCUACAUCCCCGACUCACCCUCCUCAUCAUCCUCAUCCUCACCAUCCAGGCAUCAAUGGCCUGUACUCCCUGCACAGCUUCCAGGGAGGUCUGGGGGCUCAUUCCUUUGAGCCCAGCCCUGAGUCUGACUACAAGCCUUCAGGCCUGGUGGCACUGCGCAUGAAACCCAAAGACCCUGGCAGCCUCUUGUCUUGGCCAACGUGA